CAAGCGCAGGAGGGAGAGAGAAAAGGAGAGAGCACAGGAGAGCAAGAAAAAGAAGCUAAAGAGAACGAGAGAGUCGCAGGAGGAAGAGGGAGAAUGCACGGUGUCUGGGUAACACUUCCACGCUUGUAUCCAGGGCCUUUGUGAAUACACCAUGGGAUGCAUCGGCUCCAGGACACUGACGGCAGAUGGCGUGCCAGUCCAGAAGGAUGGGGAGCAGCAUGGACGUUCAGAAUUUUCAUGGGAAGGAAUCAAUCUGUCUAUGGAAGACACCACGUCAAUCCUCCCGAGGCUCAAGAGGAACUCAACUGCCUAUGGCAUCGGGGCACUGGCUAAGUCUUCUCUGUCAGGUGUGUCAGGGGUGUCCCGCACCAUGAAGGAAAGAGUGACAAAGCCCACAGCCUUGGCUCAGGGUCGUGUCGCUCACAUGAUCGAAUGGCAAAACUGGAGCAUGCAGACAGUGGGCCCAGGUUGCGUCCCUGCGCCCCGCAUUACCACCCAGGAGCGGGAAAAGGAGCGGCGGCUGGAAAAUGAUGCUUACAGUGACCUCAGCGAUGGAGAGAAGGAGGCCCGUUUCACUGCAGGUAUCCUGCAGCAAUUUGCAAUCUCAGAGGCAACACUUAUGGCCUGGUCGUCAAUGGAUGGAGAGAGCCCGCGGUCGGGAUCAAACCAGGGCAGUGUGGCUCAUCUGAGCGAGGUCAACCAGGAGAGCAUCACCAGUCGAGAUCAGAUAUUGCACCACUCGUCAGCGGAGGUGUGGCCUCACACGUACGUCUCCCAGGGCCACUACUGCCUCUCUUCCUCUGAUGCCUGGGAGCCCAUCAACAACGACCCCUCCGUCAUGGCGUCUCCCCCUGCUGGCUCCUAUGUUAUGGGAACCGAAGGGUACGACGGGCAGGCGGCAGCUCACUUCCUGUCGCAGCAGCAGCAGCAGCAGCAGCUCACCCUCCAGCAGCAGAGUCAACUACAGCAGCUGCAGCAGAUCCAACAGAUCCAGCACUACCAGCAGCAGCAGCUCCUGCAGUAUCAGCAACAACAGUCUCUGGAGCAUCGGCUUCACAGCGCCAACCACUCUUUGCAAGCGACGCCCAACAGCACCAUCCACAGUCUGGUCCAUCAUGUUCACCCUCCAUUGGUUGAUCUGUGGAACACGGGGCAGAUGGAGGCCUAUCAGGUGGAGGCCGGGGGCUACAUGGGUGUGUCGGCGGUGGUGGAACCGAGCCUGUGCGUCCCCUCUGUGGAAGACAUGGGAACAGAACACUCCCCACUGCUGGAGCAGCAGGAGGAGGUCAAGGAGGAGGAGGUGACACUGUGCAUGGAGCCAGAGUCAGCCACGCUGACUCCGCCCAGGCAGCAAGGGGAUGCCUCUGGAGGCAGUAGUCCAGGGCAACCACCGUCAGAGCCAAUCACAGAGCGGAAGGCCUCCGACGUCACCUCGGUCUUCAUUCAGACGCUGGAGGAGAAAGAAGAGGACGAGGAGGGGCCUGCCGCUUCCAUGGCAACCAACUGAGUUCCUGGCUGUCAAGAGACUCCUUAUUACAAACUGACCAUGGAGUCAGCAAGGAAUGAGCGUAAUAAUACAACAUAUAUCUAUUAAUCUGUUCCUUUUCAGGUAUCACAAACACAACUUUUUGGUUGCGAGAUGGAUUCUUUAAAACGACGAGUAGCAGAUUUGGAAGUGGACUCUCAAUGAGACAUGAGCUGAUGCAACAAAGGACACCUAUUUCUUUGUAAGCCUUACAUCCCAAAGGUAAAAGAAGAGAGUAGUGACGGUGGAGAAACUGAAAAGGAGGAGGAGGAGGAGAAGGAGGAGGAGGAGGAGGAGGAGGAGCAACAACAGACAGAGACAUUCCCAUCAAGGAAAUGACACCACGCCGAUGUGAAGCGGAGGGGAAUGGAAAACAUGCAUGCUUUUUAUGAAGACAAGCAACUUGACCCUGUCAUCAUCUUAUAACGAUAAUGAAAAAUCCAGCAUCGUAAAACAUUAUAAUAAUAAGAAUAAUUUUGUAAUAAAGAAAAGAAAAAGACAACAAGAAAAACCCAUGUAUAAGUGUAUGAUAAGAUAUCAUAGUUUUCCUAUGGGAGAACUCCUCUGUUUACAGCUGUUACUCAACAUACAGUAUUAGACAGUGUGUAACCAAAUUAAUUUCCCGGUUGCAUCAGACACACACACACACACACAGUGUACCUUUUCACAUCGAUUUCACAUAUGAUUAACGUAGACUCCGAAAAACGUCAGCAUUUCAGUGAAAUGCAGUUUAACCCUCUGAAAUAAAUUCCUCUAUGAUAUUGUGGCACCCGGAUGCCUGCGGCACAACCCAGGGACAGGCCUGUCCUGCUGACUGCACACACACUAAACACUGCACAGAAAAGGAUUGUACUGUACGAUAGUGUGCUUCCUACUCUGUCUCUCCGUAUGCAUGUUUCUUCAGAAUACUAUGGGGUACCUGUACUAUACAGCACUGUAUAGACUUUGCACUGAACCGUAGUAUCCCAGGCGGGGCCACAGUGGACCUGCGGUGGGCACGAGCGGAGAAAUAAAGACAGGAGCUGCAUAAGCGAAUCUCUUUUGCACUGAUGCAAUCCCACAGAUCAGUGGUUGCCUUUGGACUGUUGACAUUACCCAGUUCCCACACUGAAAGCUUUCAGCACCACCGACAACCAAAACCGAGCCACUUAACAACACAGAUCCUCAGCUGCUUUUUUUCCACAGUGCGAGAAAAAUUGAGGAUGAUAACCGCUGUUGUGAAUGUACUGGGAGACCGACGGAAGUACACAAGGUUUGUUUUUGAUGUGUCCUCGCCAUCCACAUGGGAGGGAAUCGGACGCGUUGUUAGGAAACAAAGAUAAACAAGGGAGUCUUUCACGUGUGUGUUGAAAAUCGAUUCACAGCUGGCUCACCUAGACCACACACACACACACACGCACAUGCACACACGCACACACACACACACACACACACACACACACACACACACACACACACACACACACACACACACACACACACACACACACACACACACACACACACACACACACACACACACAUUUACAAUGCGUGCAUUGCCAGGUCACUUUUGGGGACAUUACUUUGACUUGCAUUCAUUUCCUGGAGACUUAUCUUAAUCUUAACCAUAACCACAACUUACUCACCUCUUUUUUUGUUGUUGUUUAAACUCAGCUUCUUGUCCCCAACUAGACGAGACGUCCCCAAUGAACUGUCUCAAAAAAUGGUCUCCAAAGGUAGCCUACUACAGAGACACACACACACACACACACACACACACACACACACACACACACACACACACACACACACACACACACAAAUAUCUAAAUUGUAACCAGCAAUAGACAGGCAGAACACUGGUUUCCCAACAGACCAGUGUCAGCUUGUCAUAUAGAUGUAAAUAGUCUUGAGUAUAUAGAAGGCGCCUCUCGCUCACAGUCGCAACUGUUCUAGUACAGUAUGAUUUCUUUAUUUUUUUACACCUCUCGGUCCCACUUUAUUCGGGGACUGCUAGGCCUGAUUUAUUGAUUUCUUUUUCUUGUGUGCACCACUACACAAAGACAAAUGAAACGCGGGAAUGUUUGUGUUGUAAACAGAGCGAUCACUCAAACGGGAAAGUGUUUCACCCGGGGAAUCCAUCAGCGGGGCAAACAAAGUACAGCAGUAGGUCUGAGAGCUGCCCAAUCUGCCAAUCAGGGAACAGAACAGGAGGCCGGGGCUGAACACUAGAGCCGAACAGAUCGGUGUCUUCCUGCUCGUCGUGAUUACUGUGAAGCAGCUGCCUGGAGUGUGAAAGGGAUUAUGAUGAUGUUUGAGGAGGCAUGUUUUCGUUUACUUUAGUGUGUUCCUUUCUGCCGCCUGAGGGGGAGUGGGUGUUUUCUAGGGGAGGGGAGCGAAACGGAGAACAGAGAACAAAGUGGACUUUCUGUGCAUGUCUCACUCACGAACUUUACAACAACACACAACCACUGUUUUCAUCUGUUGUCCCUGUUGGGGAGCACCUUCUCCUCUCACUUUGAUGAUUGUGUGAGAAACUUUUAAGAUGUAAAAAAAAUAUAUAUAAGUAUAUGGUUUAUUGACUUGAAUGAACUUUAUUUAUUGAGUGCUUCUUUAUGCAAAGUUUGGGACAAUGUUUAUUUUUCUACUAACUUGCUGAAAUCCCCUCCAGUAUAAGUUAGAAUAGGUGUCAUGGUUGUGAAGCAGUUCUUGUUGCGAUGUCGUUUUGAGCACUUUACACACAGAAAAACGCCUUGGUAAGAGAAAACAGAUGGAUUGUUUGGCAGCUCUCAAUGAUAACAAAUCUAUCAUUAUUUCACUUCACUUUUUGAAUUCUGGUUUCGAUCAAAAACAACUUACGAGGGCUCAAAACUGCAGACAGGAUGUCUUCACACAAUGGCACAUAUUCAUUUAUUUAUUGAACAAUUACUUGGUGGGGAGGAAUAAUGUGACAGCUUGUACAUAGUCUAUAAUUUCACGUGGGUACCAACCCUUCUGGGAGCAGUAUCUUUUUCUUUAUGUGUCUUGGUUUUGAAGACAUAAAGUUGUGAAAAGACAAUUGCUGCAUAUAUUCUUUGACGGAAACAACUGUAAAGCUUAUUUGGGCUCGACGUUUUUGCAAAAAAACAAACAACAACAAGAUAUUGUUUCACAAAGAAAUAUGCAUGGACUCGAUCAAACCAGAAAAGACUGCUUCAGUUUGGGUUAUUUUAGUUCUUUUUCUUUCUUUUUUCUUUUGUUUAUCAAAAUCUCAAAGAAUGGAUAAACUAAUGACGAGAAGACAAAUAACUUUCUUUUGAUGUUAAGGUUUGCUGAUCACGUCUUUGUUAACCGACUGGUCUGCAGUUGCGUUCCUCUUUUUGUAUAAUUCUACUGCCAUCUUCCAAGGGUUACAGUAACUUGUCUGCAGGCAUGACGCUCAAAAUCAGCUUCUGGUCCUCCGCCUUUCUCCUCGUCUCGCUCUUUCUAUCUCUUUGUAUCUGUUCUGUAUAUUUGUGUCUGUCUGUAUGUCUGUCUGUCCGUGUACAGUAAGUUGUCUGCUGUCUUAUUGGAAGAAUCACUGCCUACAAAAAACAAUAAUAUUAUUAACUGACGUUUUCACAACCAAAGGGGAUUUGAAGCAAUCAGACAUGUAACAGAUAUAAUUUGGAAGUGUGUUGCAAAAAAAAAUUAACCGCUGUAUAAAAUGCUGUAUGAAAUUGGAUGGCUUCUGUAAAAUUCUGUGUGAAAUUGGGUUUAUUUGUUUGGAACGAGGCAGUGUGGCUGGUGAGACCAGUGUUCUCUCCAAACACUCACACCUAUGCAUGCUUGUCGGACGGCUGUCACAGGAUGGUUCUUCCAUGUGGUUCCCCGCCUCUCCUCUCCUCUGUCAACAAUUCAAUUUCUUCCCGUCUCUCUUCCUUUCCCUUCUUUCUCCUGCACGACAAAACCUCCUACGCCCCCACCAGCUCUCCUUUACCCGUCUCCUCCUCUUUUCCUCCGGUGGAGAAAGAGCAAAUAAACAAAUCGACAAACGGC